UCAGAGCUGCGCUUCUCCCACUCCCCUCAGCUUCCUUAGGAUUUUGUUUCUCAGGGAUGGCCGCAUCUAUUCUGGAGGUAGGGAAUGUAAUUGAAGACGCACGCUAUGGCUCCAGUCCUCUGGCUAUGUUAACUGCUACCUGUAACAAGUUUGGCAGCACCAGCCCCGUCAGGGAUUCGGCUACACCCGGUAAGACCGGCAGCACCACUCCAGUAAAGAAGCCCUACACCAUGACCUCUGACCUUCAGACAGCUAAGAACGGACGGACCGCAGACGGCAGUGGCCUGGCGGACUCCUACACUGGCUCCUUCACCACAGCUGGAGGAGGGGGAGGAGGUGGAGGGCUGCUUACUCCCACUGGAAGCCCACCUCCUUCAGCCGGAGGCUACACUACAGAAUAUAACCCUUUCUCCCACUCCUUCCAGACCUCUGUCUCCCAGGACCCGUCUCUUUUAGUGUCCAAGGCCCACGCUACGGCCGAUUGCCUCACCAGUGUCUAUACCUCACUGGAUAUGACACACCCCUAUGGCUCCUGGUAUAAAGCUGGUAUUCACCCUGGCAUUACUGCUGCCCCAGCUAAUGCCACAUCCUCCUGGUGGGAUGUUCACCCCAACUCCAACUGGCUGUCAGCAACACAGCCUCAGGCGGACGGAGGUCUCCAAGCCUCCCUGCAGCCUGUAGCACCGCAGGCCUCCCUGAGCCCACAGCUACCCAGUUACAGCACCGACUUUACGCCACUCAACCCAGCACCUUACCCUUCUGUGGGACUGGGCUCCUCCUCACACCUCCUCCAGCCAUCCCAGCACAUGCUGCCCCAGGACAUGUACAAGCCCAAGCCUGUGCCAAGUGCAGGGCUGAUUGAGAAUCCCAUGGGCCUAAAGCCUGCCAGGGGAUCAGGGGGCUACACCGGAGGGGCAACACCCACUAGGUCCUCAUGUGACUGCCCCAACUGCCAGGAGUUGGAGAGGCUGGGAGCCUCUGCCGCAUCCCUGAGGAAGAAGCCCGUCCACAGCUGCCACAUCCCAGGCUGUGGGAAGGUCUACGGCAAGGCCUCUCACCUGAAAGCCCACCUGCGCUGGCACACCGGUGAACGGCCCUUUGUAUGCAACUGGCUGUUCUGCGGGAAACGUUUCACCCGCUCGGACGAACUGGAGAGGCACGUGCGCACCCACACGCGGGAGAAGAAGUUCACCUGUCUACUGUGCAACAAGCGCUUCACACGUAGCGACCACCUCUCAAAGCACCAGAAGACCCAUGCGGAUUCCGCAAUGCAGGGGAAAGCUGUAGCCGUGGAGGGAGAAACGGAUCCUCGGAGCGAAGAGGCCGCAGAGCUCAACACCAGCGCUGUACCCACCAAUCCUGUUGCUGACCAAAUCACCAACGGAGAUGAGAAGACUGGCACACAUAAUGGAGUGGAGAACAGCAGUGGACUGUUGGAGAUCUGACUUCAUUAAAUCUUCUCUUCAGUACUAUUUUGAGACAUGGUGGGUUAGUUUUUAUGAUGAAAAAUCCACCUUUUAAAUGAAAAAGACAGUAUUCUGUUUGAAGACAUACGAAGGACACAAGAUCAAGUUUUAAAAGACUUGAUAUGAUAAAUGACUGAGCAUGUCGCAGGUAGCAAUCACUUCACUUUCUCUGGACCACAUACACACACACACACAAACACACAUACAACAUGAUCAAGCCUGCAAACAUAUGCCAAUGCACAAAUGUAUGCAGCCACACACAAAUAUGAGCAACCAUCCAGGACGUACAUGAACACAAAUAUAACAUGCGUGUUGCAUAUGGACAUCCAUAUGCGCAGAGAAAACUAUUUGCAAAUGCGCAAGCAUAUAUAAUACAUACAUACAAGCAAGCACAUACACAAAACUACAUCUGCACAUACACACACAUAUACUAACACAUACAAGUAAACAUGCUCACGCACACAUUUUGUAGCCUACACACAUUUUCUGCCUUUCAAAUGAGACAAACCACUGGGGAAAUUUAAUCUGCAAAAGCAGAAGGAAAAGAGCUCUGAAGCCACAAAAGGAAAGUAGUUUUAGAACGAGACUUAUGGUUAGGAUGAUGGGGUUGAUGGAGCAUUGCAUGCCUAGAGAAAAAUCAGAUUUACAGCUGUACUUUGAUACUUAUUCAUUAUUCUUGAAACAAUCAAAGGACAGUCUUACUUACUGCUUCUUGUUGCCAAAGACAUUUUGAUGUAAAAGAUUUUGCAUUUCACUUUUGUUUGCUGUUUGCUUCUUACUAUGUCUAAUUUAAUUUCAUAUUUACAUAAAUAAUCUAAUUUAUGUCUUAAAUUAUACACAUGGAAGAUUAUCUUGCACCCUGCAGGAAAUAUAAUGCCUGAAAAAAAAAGAAAAAAAAAAAACGCAAGAUGAUUGAAGCUGGCCAA